AUGAUCAUGCAGGUACAUGUUUGUGCCUCGAGGGUGUACAAGGAAGGCACUCUGUAAGAGAGCACGAUGAGCUUGCUCGUUCUUUGUGCAGAAAAAGGCAUUAGUCUGGGUAAAAUAGAAAAGCAGAGUCGAGUGGGAGAGUAACUAGCGGAUGACGACGCGCAAAGAGACGCGCCAAGAUGUUUCUCCAGCUCAAGGCCAGCGAGACAUCAACACGGGACAUAUUGUGUGCAUACAGCAAGCAGUCGACGACAUCGAACUUAGCCAAAGAUGCUCGUGUCACUGACUGUAGGCAAGGUCGAUGCCGGGGUGGCAGUCCUGCUCACCGAAGACAAGCGAUUGAUUGAGUUCCCGUCCAUCUUGCUGCCCGCCGACAUCACAUCCGGCUCAAUUGUCGACAUCAACGUAGCGCGCAAUGAGGGAGCGGAAGAGACGGCGUUCCAGAAAUUCGAGGCGCUGCAAGAAGACAUCUACUCAACCUUCGGCAUCCACUCGCCAUGCGCACCCGUCCUUCGUUGUCGCAAUGCCACUCAGACUUCGGUCGUGCUCGAAUGGGAUCCUGUACAGCUCGCGACUGCUGAACUCCGUAGUCUGAGCCUGUACCGCAACGGCAGCAAGGCUGGCAACAUCCCUCGUGAUAAGCUGAGCACAAAGAUCUCUGGUCUGGCUGUCGAUAGCGAAUACACCUUCCACCUCGUCUUGCGCACUUCGGCCGGCACAUACACCAGUGAACGCCUGACCGUCCGUACUCACAAGAUGACUGAUCUGACUGGUAUCACAAUCACUCCAGGCAUCAUGCCUCAACAACUGCGUGACGACCUCCAGGCCACCGUGGAUCGCAUCGGCGCAAAGAUGAUUGACACACUGCGCAUCGACACGACCCACUUUGUCUGCACAGAAGGGCGUGGCCAAGCAUGGGAGAAGGCUGGUGACAUGAAUGUUCCUGUCGUUGUCCCCGACUGGCUCAAAGGCUGCGAACGCGAAGGACGCAUAGUCGGCGUCCGCGCCUACUACCUCGAUGCCGACCCAAAGCUGCGAAACAUUGGUCCUAGUAGCCAACCCUUGCCUUCGCCCAACGUCCAACAAGAUCCUCGACGACCCUCGACGCAAUCACAACCCUCGCAACAACAUCUUCAGCUUCAGCAACAACAGCUCAGAGUCCACCCGCCCCUCUCCAGUCCCCGCAUCGAGCACACACCACCUACUCCAGAACAGACAAAGCGCCCUGAGAUACCUACAUCCGAGCCUUCGCCCGUUCCCGCUCCACCGCCCAAAGACGACUCUGUCGACACUGCUCCCCCCACACCUCCGAAGGAAGAGACCUCGUCCGAACCCGAACAGAAGUCUGCUCCUAUUUCCGAUCUUCCUUUCCGAAACCUUCCAAGCAAUGCAGAAGAGCAGCAACCUGAAGAGUCUGCGAUCGAAGAGACCGUCGGGGAGGCCCCCGCUCCCGCUGAAGAGGCUUCUACAUUACCCGAGACCACUUCAGAAGCAGGGGAAAAGCCCACAGAGUCUCCAAAAGUGAAUAACCUCAAGGCCAUUGGCAUACCGCAUGAGGAGGUGUCCUCUACGAAAGCGCCGACCGAGUUUGAUGAUGUUGCCCUAUGAAGCGGUCAUAAUGUCGUUCUGUCUUGCGUUUGCGGCCUUUCCAUAGCCAUACCCCAUCCUGUUUUGUCUUUUACUGUUAUCCUCACUAUAGCCUGUUCAGAAGAAGACUCAUGACCCGAUCCUUGGUUGACUGAAGAUAAAUUCGUGCAAGACGUCUGCUGUAGUAUGCAUAUGGAGCUGAUAUGUCAACAUUCACCUCCACGCAUCACCCGAUGUUCGUGAAGAGAAGGUACCAAGUUUGAGCAAUGUCUUCCUUCCGAUUCGCGUCCUCCAUGAUCCAAUUUGGGGAAGAACGACUAGGUCGUGAUCCGCACCAUUGACAAUCGUGCUUUCCCUUUUCAGCAGCCACGAGUCACGAUGCACUUUGUACAAACAGGCCUCGUAC